GGCAGCCUUGUUAGGCCUAGACUUAAAAAAUGAACCUAACUUGAUACUUGUAUAUGCACAUCAAAUGGCAAAUUCAAGAAAAGCAUAUAGAAAGAUAAAUCUGCAUAUAUGAAUGUGUGACAGGUCCAUCGGAGGAAGGUGCAACAACAAUGAGGAACUCCUGCACACUGUCGUUUAUUGCUGAAAAAAUAUUUUAUUAUUUAUGACAUUUCAGUAUGCACAAACUUCAGGUCAAUGGGCAACAUGACAAUACACACACACACACACACACAGAUAUUUAUUCCUUAUUCCAUCAAAACUGAUCAAUUCAGCUUUGCAGUGAAGUGAAAUUGUCAGAUGGUUCAAUUUUUUCAGUAAAGUUGUUCCAAAGGUUACGGGUCAUACUUGGCAGUGCUUAUUAUCUUUUUUUUAGUUUACACAUGGGAAUAGUCAAAAGAGCUUUGUUUAUUCAUCUCUUCAUCGUGAUGCCCUUUAGAUAUGUUAGAGCUGAUCAUGUAGGUUUUAUUUUAGUUAUAGUUUAAAGAAUUAUGGACUAAUAGGUUUUGUGAUUGACACAAGUUUGUUAAUAUGGGAUUAAUUCAUUUUCAGUGCAGAUUAAUAUAAAAAUAGCAUAAUUUUGAUAUAUUUAAAAGUGAGUGAACCAAAAAUGUCACCCAUGUUGAUGUUUGUGGUUUUGAUAUUGGUUGAACACAGAAAAUGUGUACAAUGUGUCAGUGUGUGGUCUUUGACUUAUCUUUUAAGUAAUUGCACAUAAUAUUUCUGCACAUGUAUAUGCAAAUAUCAAUGUGGUUUUUCUAUUAUAACAUUAUCAUCACCAGAGAUAAUUCAGGAUUAAAGUAUUAUACAAUUCGGUAUCACACAAAUCAUUUGAUAAUGAUCAAAUAAUGAAAAUCUUUCUACAUUAUUGUGGUCACUUGUCCACCAACAAAACAUCACAGUAAGGAUUUUGAUAGCAUAGUUCUAGCCUAUGCAUUUCCUUUCGCUAAAUGCAACUUGUGGUGUUUUAAAUGGUUUUACGACUGAAAUGACCGAGGAGCAGCAGCUGCGGCAGUAGUGGUUUUUGAGCACUUUUGUCCCAGUACGCUUGCCAUAGUUUGAUGGUAGCCUGGACUUUUCUUCGUCCUAUUUCGCAUUACAACUUGCAGAAAUCUUAUUUGUUAUUGCUCAGCUACCUUGAACACAACUGGUUUUCUACCACUGCUCGCACAUGAGGGGAAUGCUAAAUAAUAGCACCGACACUGAACUGCUCGUUAGCUUAUUGCUAACUUAGCUAACAGCUAUUCAACUAACCGAGCUGCAAAUGAUUCAACAUCCACAAAAUGUAACAUAACUGUGAGUGUGAAUGCGUCUCCAUUAGCUAUAUGUUCGUGAUGACUCUCUGUAAUAAGUACAACUCACUCUGAGAGUGAAUAUUUGCACCAUACGAAGCACAAAUCGGGUCCUGCAGAGCUCACCUGCAGUGACCUCUGCCCUGUGAUGAGGUUAUGGGUCUGCUGUCUAACUUUACUGUAGCUUUGCUCCUCCUCGCCUUUGCUUUGUCAACAUGCUUAUACAUUAACAAUUUAUCUAACCACGAGACCAGACUGGUUAGAUCAGUCUGUGCUAAGCAAAAUAGAACCAAACCACAUGAAAGUCUUGUUAAUACUAAUCCAACAAAAACACAGAACAAUUCAGUGGAUACAAGUGGAGUGCACCCAGAAAGCUCCCAGAAGACUGAUAUUUCCAGAGACAUUAAAUGCACCAUGGCCCCUGAGAGUCGGUUUGACUGUGCCAGGGACCGGCUUCUCAGCCAGGGGGAGUGUGAACAGAGGGGAUGCUGCUACGUCCCUCUACCAAAGUCUGCAGGACUACCUUGGUGCUUCUACCCCAGUUUGUACCCCGGCUACAAAAUGGGUCCCUUCAGUCCCACCACGCGAGGCCGUGCUGCCAACCUGACUCGUGCCACCCCAUCCUAUCUCCCCAGAGAUAUCUCCACUUUACAUCUAGAAAUCAUAGAAGAGACUGCAGGCUGCUUACACCUCACUUUAAAGGAUUCAUCAUCUCAGCGAUAUGAAGUUAAGCUCCCAGCUGGUGUUCCUCAGAACAAAGCUGAUCCGACCCAAGAUGUCUUGUAUACCACUGAAUACCAGUCUGACCCAUUUGGCUUCAUAGUGCGGCGAAAAUCUAAUGGAAGAGUGAUUAUGAACACCACGGUCGCUCCUCUGCUGUUUGCUGACCAGUACCUGCAGCUGUCCACCUCAUUGGCCUCUUCUCUUGUGUCUGGCCUUGGGGAGCAUUACACCUCCCUCCUCCUGGACCUUAACUGGACUUCUGUCACUCUCUGGAACAGAGACAUGGCGCCUCAUGCUGAUGCUAACCUCUACGGCUCCCACCCAUUCUACAUUGUACAGGAGGAGGACGGCUUGGCACAUGGAGUUUUUCUUCUCAACAGCAAUGCAAUCGAGGUGAUGUUGCAGCCGACUCCUGCUCUCACCUUGGUGGCUAUUGGAGGAAUCCUGGACCUGUACGUCUUCUUGGGUCCUGACCCUGAAAGUGUUAUACGGCAGUACCUUCAGGUCAUUGGCUAUCCUAUGAUGCCUCCCUAUUGGUCGCUGGGCUUCCAUCUGUGUCGCUGGGGUUACACAACCACUAAUACGACCCGACAUGUGGCACAACGCAUGCACAAUUCAAAGUUUCCCAUGGAUGUGCAGUGGAAUGAUCUGGACUAUGCAGCCAAGCGCAGGGUAUUCACCUUUGACCCCUGGCGAUUCGGGGACCUCCCAGAGAUGGUGGAGGAGUUCCACGAGAGAGGCAUGAAGUACAUCCUCAUCCUGGACCCUGGGAUCAGCAGCACUAGCCCCCCUGGAACUUACCCCCCCUUUGAUGAUGGACUGAAACGAGACGUCUUCAUUAAAAAUGCAACAGGACACAUCCUGAUAGGGGAGGUUUGGCCGGGCUCAACAGCCUUCCCAGACUUCACCAACCCAGAGACCAGACACUGGUGGGAGGACUGCAUCACAGAUUUUCAUUCUAAAGUUCCUGUGGAUGGUCUGUGGAUUGACAUGAAUGAACCAGCCAGUUUUGUGCAGGGCUCAGUGGAGGGCUGUCCUGACAGUGAUCUUGAGAACCCACCCUACACCCCCAGAGUGGUUGGAGGCCAGUUGAACUCAGGAACUCUUUGUAUGUCGGCUCAGCAGAAGCUGUCCACUCACUACAACCUGCACAACAUGUAUGGACUCACAGAAGCCUAUGCCACGCACAGUGCUCUUAGGAAGGUACGAGGGAAGAGACCCUUCGUCCUGUCUCGCUCCUCCUACCCUGGCAUCGGACGCUUCUCUGGAGUGUGGACAGGGGACGUCAGGAGUGACUGGGAGCAGUUGCGAUACUCCAUCCCUGCGGUGCUGCAGUUCAGCCUGUUCGGCGUGCCCCUUGUGGGGGCGGACAUCUGUGGCUUUGGAGGCAACACCACCGAGGAGUUGUGUGUGCGAUGGAUGCAGCUUGGGGCCUUCUACCCAUUUAUGAGAAACCACAAUGACAAGCCAAACGCUCCUCAAGAGCCCUAUGUAUUUGGGCAAAAGGCCCAGGCAGCCAUGCGAAGUGUAUUGAACCUUCGUUACUCCCUUCUCCCGUUCCUCUACACACUUUUCCAUCAUGUACACGCCACUGCUGACACUGUGGCCAGGCCUCUCUUCGUGGAGUUUCCUACUGACCCUAACAGUCAGACCAUAGACCGACAGUUUCUGUGGGGGAGUUCACUUCUCAUAAGCCCAGUCUUAGAGCAAGGGGCAGUCGAGCUGGCUGCUUACCUGCCCCCUGGCACCUGGUACAGCCUGCACAAUGGUCAGCCUUUCUACAGUAAAGGUCAGUACCUGCUCCUGCCGGCCCCUCUAGACACCAUCAACGUCCAUGUGAGGGAGGGACACAUUAUCCCCCAGCAGGAGCCUGCUUUGACAACCAUAGCCUCACGCAGAAACCCUUUCUUCCUGACGGUGGCACUGUCAGCAGGCGGCUGGGCCCGGGGCGACUUGUUCUGGGAUGACGGAGACAGUCUUGACACCUUUGAAAUGGGAAAUUAUUGUUACGUUAUCUUCAUUGCUGGACAGUCUCAGGUGGUGAGUGAUCCUGUUAGGCUUAAUGGAGCCCUUGACGGUCUGGUGCUGGGAGGGCUGCAGGUGUUCGGGGUACCCUCGCCACCCCUCUAUGUAUUAGCCAAUGGGGACAAAGUCAGGGAUUUCACAUACCGCAGUGACACCAAGGUUUUGACAGUGACCAGCCUGGCUUUGCCCAUGACGAAGGUGUUUACAGUUCAGUGGGCUCUCUGAUGCACUGAGCCUUGUUACCCAAUAACCUUUGGGAGCCUUUGCAUUUUCACUGCUGCUGAAAACGCUAUCUCAACCAUCCCAGAGCUCAAGAUGCACUUAACUCUUGCUCCACCUCUUUGUCCAAAUCAGAAAGUAGUGCUUUGUAAGAAACAGGUUUUUAAAAAUGUGAUGUUAUCAAACAAAGGGAACCAUCAUCUUGAUGUAUCUGUUUUUUUCUUGUUAGGUAAUUUUGGCUGCUGCUAACUGCCACACUGAAUAAAGAUAACUGUUUAUAACCUCUUUUGUACUUUUAAGAUUAUGUUUAUAUAAAUCUUUGUUACGGAAGUGCAUUAUAAAUAAAAAUGGUGAAAAAAGAUA